AUGUCCCUCACAGCACCACCAGUACCCGAGGUAUUUCCGAUCUACUCUGACCUCAAGGGCAAAGUCGCUCUCAUUACAGGUAUCGGACAAGUGGGACCCCGAGAUAGCCCAUUUUGGGGUAACGGCGCCGCCGUCGCACGCCUACUUUCUCGCAACGGCGUGAGCAUUUUCGGUUGCGAUUUGAACAAAGACGCCGCGGAAAGAACUAAGGAACGCCUUCUCGAAGAAACUGGAGAUGCGGUCGUCGAUGUUGUUGCAGCUGAUGUUACGAAAUCAUCGGAUGUCGAAGCAUUAGUUGCAGCCGUAAUGGCACGACACAACAGAAUCGAUAUCCUCAUCAACAACGUUGGCCAGACGACCUCCGGUAACCCGGCCACCAUGUCAGAAACUAUAUGGACACGCCAGAUCGACGUCAAUUUGACAUCCGUAUACCGGCUGUGUCACCAUGUCCUUCCUAUCAUGCAGAAACAAGGCUCAGGCAAUAUUGUCAACAAUGCUAGUAUCACUGCGCUGCGCUACAUUGGAAAACACCAAAUCGCAUACGCAUCUGCAAAAGCUGGUGUUAUAAGGUUCACGAAGGCUUUGGGCGUCAUGUAUGGCAAGGACAACAUCAGGUGUAAUUGCGUAGUCCCAGGCCUUAUGUACACUCCUUUGGUUGACAAUUUCGCCAAAAGCAAGGACGAAGGAGACCAGGAAGCUGCUAGAAGAAUACUAGAUCAUAACUGUCCAAUGGGAUGGAUGGGAACGGGGAUGGAUGUUGCGAAUGCGGUCGCAUGGCUGAACAGUGCUGCAAGCCGUUAUGUGACCUCGCACGAGCUUGUUGUAGAUGGAGGUAUCACAGAAAGUACCGGCACUGGAUCGUAUCGAGCUGCUACCUGCAGUAACAAUCAACACUUCUCCAACAUAGAAGCAAUGCCAUCAGUAUCGCGAGGUUUGAGAACUUCGACAGGCUGCUCAACGUGUCGUAAGAGGCGCGUCAAAUGCGAUGAGACUCGCCCCAUCUGCCAGAAUUGCAUCCGAGUAAACCGUCAGUGCAAGUUCGUGGAGAAGCGCAAUGCGGCUUCCAGGUUACAGAGAUCUAAUACUUGUGCUAUCAUCCGUCCUCGAACGAUAUCAGAGUUUUCCCCAUCACCAGCCUACGACCAGGGAGAUCUUGGUGUUCUCAACUAUAGUGGCAUACCAACUCCGGAGGAUGAGCCCCAACUGGUUGAUUGCCAAGAAACCAGCGAUCAUGGUCUAUCGAUUGACAACUUGUUUCUUGACAAUAGUCUUUUUAGUUUCGAGAAUGUUUCCCUUCCGAACUUCGACAUUACCGAAUGGUACGAUCUUCUAGCAAAAGACGCUAUCGAUAAGCUGGACGAAAACAAGCACACAGCGCAUUGGAAAUACGACUUCGAAAGCCUCUCUACAAGACAAAUACCACAACCUCCCGUUUCUGGAGAUCCCUGUCUGAGUCUUCAUGAUGAUGCGGAUAGUCACAUACAUGACAGGCCUACCCCUUCGGGCCGGCCUUGGAAUGGUCGUGAGAGGAUCGAAUUGAAACAGGAAGAAUUGCAAUUUUUCACGCAUUACAUCGAUUUUGUUGCACCUAUUCUAGAUCUGUUCGACCCUCUUGCACACUUCGCCAAGGUGGUGCCUGAUCUUGCGUUCUCCAACGAAGGACUCUUGAACUCCUUGCUCGCGGUUGGGGCAUGUCACUUGGCUCUUUGGAAGCCAUGUGAACCUGUCGGGGAAGCAGGUCCCGAGCAGGUGCCUAUCAGCCCAACAUCCAAGUCCUGUGGGCCGUCAAGGACAACCAGAGCUGCCAGCCACUACUAUCACGAGACAUUGCGCUACCUUUCGCAAAACAUCGAGCAUGCGGAUUACAGACAAUCUGACGAGAUUUUGGCGACCGCGGUUAUGGUAUCCACCUAUGGCAUGUUCGAUUCGAAGUCGGACUACAGCAAUUGGGAUCGCCAUCUUCGAAGGGCUUUUUGGAUACAGCGGGACUCUGGCGUUAGUGGAGAGUCCUCGAAUGGUCUUCAGCGUGCAGUGUGGUGUGCAUGGCUUCGACAAGACAUUUGGGCAGCAUUUUGCACAGGACGUCCUACACUUACACUUCACCAACCGAACACCCCUUUAGCUUCGCUCUCGCCGGACGCGUUACACCAAAGAAUUAUCUAUUUGACUGCGAAAUGUGUGCAAUAUGCUGCAACGCCGAAGAAAAGCAAUAUCGUCGGAUAUAUAGAGGCGGGAGAGACGCUGAUGAGAAUGCUCGAUGCUUGGAAACGAAUCCUGCCGUUUUCGUUCCAGCCUGUACCCAUUAUCGCCUCUGCAGAAUCGGCACAGGGAUCGCCAGUAGACAAGGAUCGCAUUCUCCCCAUUUGGAUCCAUCCACCCGCGAACGCUGCUGCUAUGCAGCUAUACCAUUUCGCUAGGAUUCUUACGGUGUUGACACAACCAUCGAUGGGGGGACUGAAUACAUACCGGGCUCGGUCUAAAUUACUACGAGAGAGUACUUCCGCAAUAUGUGGUAUCGCAGUCGCCCAGCAAACACGAAAUCUGCCGAAUGCCUUUGUUUCGUUCCAAGCAGUUCAUGCAGAUACCGAGGCGCAAUCCGAAGUGCUUGGGAUUCUGGAUGAAUUGAGAAGUACCAGCAAGCAUCCACAUACGUCAAUUUUGGAUAGCCUGAUCGAAGUGUGGGAUCGUGUGAUCUCAGAGGAUGGUCUAGCUACUUCAAUGCAUCUUGCAAUCGAUGGUCAGGCUUAG